GCUUGCUCGCGGUCACAUUGUGGUGGUUGGCUAACGGAGGCGUAUUAUCUUACGAUGAUAUAAGCUAACUUGCUAGUUAGCUAACUUAGUUUGUAACCGCAACCAUAAUUGGCUUUAGCUAGCUGGUUGUCUAGUCAGGCAGGUGUUGCUGGUGGAUGAGGGUAUACAUCUAUUGCCAUCCAUCAUGUCGAAGCCGUUCCGUUAUUUUUAGCUAGCUCUGAAGGAUAGCGCAGCUAAUAGUGGCAAGCAAAGCGUGACUAAUCGGUCUGUUUGAAAAACGAUACAAAUGGAGCAGUGGCAGGACGCGGCCUCUCAGCAGUUCAAGCUGCUUACAACCCGUCUGAAUGAACUGUUGUCAAAUGGUUUGGGGCUGCUGCGCUCCGAGCUCGGCGUGGAUUUGGGACUGAAGACCGAGCUUAUUCCACCAUGGGUGAUCCUCUUAGCGGCAUGUACCGGGCUGGUGCUGAUGGUCGCUCUGUGGGCCUCAACCUGUCGGUCUCUCUUCAAGAAACGACCCACUGAAAGCGCCUUGGACGACGGCAUUGAAGUAAAGUGGGGUGUCGGUAAACCUGUCAAACCCGAAGAACAGAAGAAAAAGAAGAAGAAGACGGAAAAGAAAGCCCAGCCAAAUGGGAGAGCUGUUGCUGAACCACAGGAAGAAGCCAUUGCGUCGGAAGAGACAGUGCCACAUCAUCAGCCGCCAACACCAGAAGUUAAGGUUGCAGAGUUAAAGAAGUCAAAGAAGAAGGCCAAACAAGCUGUUAAGGAGACAAAGGCCAGGACUGCAGAUGGCAAAGAGCCAGAAGAAGGCACAUGGGAGACCAAGGUCAGCAACAAGGAGAAGCGUGAGCAGCGCAAGAAGGAUAAGGGUUGCAGUGAUGGCUCCGCCAGUCCUGGAGGAGGGGAAACGCAAGCAUGCGUUCCCCCAGAACAGCCCAAGACCUCCACAGCCCCUGGACCUGCCAGCCAGAAGAAGAAGAAAGGAGACUCUGGGAAAGUGAAGUCGGAGAAGAUUGAGCCUGUUGUAUCUCAAGUUGUUAACAGCAGUGAGGUGGUAGCGGUGGCUGCUACUAUGACAGACAUGGCUGUAAAGGCUCCUGCUCCCAAUACCUGGACAACCAGUAGAGAGCAGGCGUCACUGUGGAGAGCGGAGAUCGAUGAGUCGUGGACUGUGAUUGACCGAAGCAUGACUACAACGGAGCAAAGUGCGGCGUCUUUACCUGGACUGGGUGUUGGUACUGCUGAGCCUGUGAGCAAUCUGCCCUGGCUCAGUCAGCCCAGAGUGGACGACGAGUGGUCUGGACACAAUGGUGGUUCAGUGGACCCAAGCUCUGACUGGAACGCCCCCUCUGAAGCCUGGGGCAACUAUGAAGAACCCACUCCUGAGACCCCUCCUGCUCUGGAGCAGCCCUUCCCUCAGCCUGCCACGGUGGAUCUGUUAAUUGGAGCUGCUGACGAUGAUGAAGAUGAGAAGGACAAGGGAGAGACUGCCGGUGAUGGAGCGGCUAAAACUAAAAAGAAGAAAAAGAAGAAGAAAAAGACUGCUGAGGAGGAAGGAACAGCUGGCCAGGGGGGGGAGCCAGAAAAGGACGUGGCACCUGCAGCCUCGGUGAAGAAGCAGCCGCCUGUUGUUCAGGAAAAGGCUGCUGCCGUCCAGCCUGUCAGAGGAGCUGCGGUCAAGGCGCGAGCGGAGCAACCAGUGAAGGACAACAUAUCCCAGAAACCCCCUGUCACACAAGUGCCAACUGAUGGAGAGCCCAGUGCCAAGAACAACCUUUCUGCUUCAACACAACAAAAAAAUGCUGAGGAGAGCCAAGGGCCCAAACCAGCGAAGAAGAAGAAGGCGCGGAGAGAGACAUGAGACCGAGUUCCCUCUGCAGACCUCUGUAUGCAAAAGACUUCAUAUCCUGUUUAUGCAACACCUUUUGUGGCAAGAACUUUGAACUAAGGUCUUCAUGAUGGACUUAAACCUUCCAAACCAGUCUGGAAAAUGAAACCGCUCUUACACACGUUUGUGUUGAAAACUGAAUCUAAUGUAAAGCGGUGUUGAUGAUUUUUAAGUAUGCAUUUGAUACUCUUGAUUCUGUCUUCUAAUUCCACUAAAUCAAGUAACUGAAAGAGUUGUAUUGUACAAUUAGAUGUAGAAAAUACUGAUCUUGUUUAGCAGUCUCGAUGUUGUGGUGGUGGCUAACGCCUGGAGUUUCCUGCAUUGUGAAUGAAAGCGGUCACUCGACACUGGGCUGUGUCAUCGACUUGGCCUUUGCUUAUGGAGUCUUUUAUUUUGCUGUUUUGUGAGCCAUGAUGGUGCAGCAAGCUCUGCUGGUGGAAGAGCCCAGUGAUCAAAUGUCUGUGUCCGGGGAUCGGCUCCAAGCGGCGUCAACAUUUGUGACCUAUACGAGACGGAAAAGGGAAUCAUGUCUGCUCUGUAACUCUGCAUUCUUAUCUGUGACUCUCUCCAUCUGGUUUGUCUCUUGUCCGAUGUUGUACUGCAGUGUUUGGAGAUGCCCCUUGUUCCCUCGCUGUGUUUACUAUCUGUGGCCAGAGCCUUUGAUCGUAGAUGUACUUUUGCAGUGUCAUCAGCCUCUUCAUGAUUUUUCCACCUGUGGUUGAUUCAAAAGUCUUCAGAACCUUUUGUAAAAAAACAGUUUGUAAGAAAAGAAAAGCUAAAGCCAUAUGUAAAAAGACUAAAUAAAGGCCAGUUUUUCUAUAUUUGGGCUACUCUAUAUUGCAGUUCUUUUAGCGGGGGGGAAAGCAACCCACUUCUGUGUAAUGGGAUGACUAUGAAGAAGAUGUUAUUUAUGCUGCUAUCAGAACACACAGAUUUCAUUGGCUGUCAGGUUAAAGCCUUUACAAAAUACAUACUCUGCUUUGUCAACUGUUUGAUCAUUCAAAGAUAAUGUAUUGUCAUUCCACAACACUUGGUGUGUACCUUUGUCCUUAAAAGAACCACAGGCAUUUUAGACAUUGGAGUUAAGUAAUUCACUAUCAGUUGAAAAUGUGAUGAAUUGUCAGUUUGUUCCAGCGGGAAAAUAGUCUUAAAGUCCAAUUUGAUGAUUAGUAAAUGUCUGUAAUUGUGCAAAAAGAUUAAAUGAUUAAACAUCA